AUGGGUACACUCCGGGACCUCCAAUUUGCCUUGCAACUAAAAAUCGAGGAGCUUCGCCAGAGGGACACACUAAUAGAUGAGUUAGAGCUGGAGUUGGAUACAAAGGAUGAACUCAUUCGGAGACUGCAGGAAGAACUGGAUCGUUACAGAGCCACUGUCUCCCUCCCAGGAUCCUCUGCAGCCGGUGCAGCUUGUUCAGUUAAAAGUGAGGAUUCACAGAGAGCCAACAGGAAUACAGUCAUUUCUGAGCCCUUCACACUGGACCCGGUGACACUCGCCAUGGUCUCACAGAGAAGCUGUGACAAAAGCCAGGAGUCCCAGAGGCUCAUUCAGACAGCGUUUCAGAAGAAUGACUUGUUGAAGGACCUUGACGAAGGAGAAAUCAGGGCCAUCAUUGCCUGUAUGUAUCCCACCACCAUCAAUCAAGGCUGCUACGUGGUUCAGGAGGGAGCCAACGGGGCUCAGGCGUAUGUCUUAGAAGAUGGGCGGCUGGAUGUGACAAAAGACGGACUGAAGCUUCUCACAUUCGAGCCAGAAGACAUGUUUGGAGAGCUGGCUCUCCUCUACAACUGCACCCACACCUACUCUGUGUCAGCGCAAAUGGACAGCAAGCUCUGGGUUAUUGACCGCAAAAGCUACCAGACCAUACUCAUGCAGAGCGGGCUCGACCGGCUUUCUCAUUCAAUGGAGCUGCUUAGCAGCGUUCCCUUUCUGCAGUCUUUGCCAGAGGACGUCAUCAUGAAAAUGUCUGAUCUCAUGGAGGAGACACACUACACUGAAGGUGACUACGUCAUCCGACAAGGGUCCACAGGAGACACCUUUUAUAUCAUUAGCAAAGGCCAGGUUAAAGUGACAGAAAAGAAGCCAGGCCAUGAAGAGCAGAUAGUCCUUUCUAAGCUCUCGGAGAGACAGUGGUUUGGAGAAAAAGCUCUCUGGGGAGAGGAUGUUCGGACUAUUAACGUGAUUGCUGCUGGUGAAGUUACAUGCUUGAUCAUAGACAGGGAGACCUUUAAAGACAUCAUCGGGGGGCUGGUAUUUGAUUGCAGUAAUGAGAUGCAGCAAAGCCACAAAUCCAGAAUCGAGUCAGACAAGGAUCGUGAUACCUUCUCAUCUUCCACCUUAAGUGAUUUUCAGAUUGUUUGCACUCUGGCAGUUGGGGAAUUUGGUCACGUAGACCUGGUGCAUCUAAAGAACAACGCCAAGUGUCUUUAUGUCAUGAGGGUCCUUAAGAAGAAGCUGAUCCUAAACAACGGUCAACGGGAGCACAUCCUGAGAGAAGGGCGCAUUCUAACGGAGUCUCUUUGUCCAUUCAUAGUCAGGCUGCAUAAAACCUUUAGAGACUUGGAGUGCCUGUAUAUUUUGACUGAAGCUUGUCUUGGUGGGGAUUUAUGUAGUCUGCUCAAAGAUAAAGGAUGUUUGGACGAAUGUAGCACCAGGUUCUACACGGCUUGUGUUGUUGAGGCCUUGACCUUUCUUCAUUGUCGAGGUGUCGUCUAUAGAGACAUCAAGCCUGAAAAUGUUGUUCUGGAUGAGCGUGGUUAUGCCAAACUGAUUGGUUCCAGAUGUCUAAAGAAGGUUGAGGCAGGUAAGAAAACCUGGACAUUCUGCGGCACGCCAGGCUACAUGGCACCUGAAAUCAUCUUAAACAAAGGCCACAGUAUGUCUGCAGACUUCUGGUCGCUGGGCAUUUUAGUGUUUGAACUUCUGAGUGGUGGACUCCCAUUCAGCGACUCUGAACCGCUAAAGAUUGUCACUGCAACCAUUCGUGGCAUCGAUCAGACCGACUUCCCAAAAACCAUCAGCAAAAGUGCCUCCAGUCUCAUAAAGAAACUGUGCAGGAGCAAUCCCUCUGAGAGGCUGGGCAGUCACAGAAAUGGGGCCAAGGACAUUCAGAAGCACAAGUGGUUUGAAGGAUUCAACUGGGGCGGACUCUGUAAAGGCAUAUUAAACCCUCCGGUUAUUCCCAAAGUGAAGGAUCUUUUGGACAGCAGUACAUGUGGUCAUUAUUCUGAGGUCAGUGGAGCUGUGCACAAGCUGGGAUGAUUUCUGAAGUGGGGAAAAAAACUGUCAGACAAUACUGCAUCACUUUCAGGUUUAGACCUCAUGAAUUAUUCACUGCCCUCAGUCUUACUGCCAUCAAGAAUUAAUUAUAUUUUCACACGAAUAAUAUUUUCCACAGAAUAAGUGACUGCAGUUAUCGAUAAAUUAACCAUGCUG